GGAGCCCCGGCGAUCGGCUGUGACGCCACUUCCGGCGUGAGCGGUGAAAGCCGGGAGGGCGAGCGAGAGAGCGAGCCGGCAGCAGGCAGCAGGCGGGCGGACGGCGCCGAGGGAGGGCUCGAACGAGCAGCGAGCGAGCCGGCGAGCGCGGCCGCGGCCCCGGAGCAGCCGGCAUUCCUCCCGUCCCUCUGGCCCCCUCCCCGGAGCCCACCGCGCCUCCGGUCUCCAGCGGAGCGGACCCGGCCCGGCCCGGCCAUGGCCUCGUUGCUGAAGGUGGAUCAGGAAGUGAAGCUCAAGGUUGAUUCUUUCAGGGAGCGGAUCACAAGUGAGGCUGAAGACUUGGUGGCAAAUUUCUUCCCAAAGAAGUUGUUAGAACUUGAUAGUUUUUUGAAGGAACCAAUCCUGAACAUCCAUGACCUAACUCAGAUCCACUCAGACAUGAAUCUCCCGGUCCCAGACCCCAUCCUUCUCACCAACAGCCAUGAUGGACUGGAUGGGCCCACUUACAAGAAACGAAGGUUGGAUGAGUGUGAAGAGGCCUUCCAAGGAACCAAGGUGUUUGUGAUGCCCAACGGGAUGCUGAAAAGCAACCAGCAGCUGGUGGACAUUAUUGAGAAAGUGAAACCUGAGAUCCGGCUGCUGAUCGAGAAAUGCAACACGGUCAAAAUGUGGGUACAGCUCCUGAUUCCCAGAAUAGAAGACGGGAACAACUUCGGGGUAUCCAUUCAGGAGGAGACUGUUGCAGAACUAAGAACUGUUGAGAGUGAAGCUGCAUCGUAUCUGGACCAGAUUUCUAGAUAUUAUAUUACAAGAGCCAAAUUGGUUUCUAAAAUAGCUAAAUAUCCCCAUGUGGAGGACUAUCGUCGCACCGUGACAGAGAUCGAUGAGAAAGAGUAUAUCAGCCUGCGGCUCAUUAUAUCAGAAUUAAGGAAUCAAUAUGUCACUCUACAUGAUAUGAUCCUGAAAAAUAUCGAGAAGAUCAAACGGCCCCGGAGCAGCAAUGCAGAGACACUGUACUAGGGCCAGGGCCAGAGGACUCUGUGAGUCUGGCUCAAGACCGAUAUUGCCUUGGUUUGUUACAUGACUAUCGUGAUGGGGAAACUGGCUGGAAAUAGUAAUCACACCUCUCUCUGUUUUUAGUUAGAGUCUAAUGAAACUCUCAUGUAGUUCUGUGACGUGUUUACCUCUUUUUUCAGGCCUCAGGAACUCUUCUAUUUCCUUCCCUAAUCCCCCAUAUUUGACCAGUUCUAAUUUUUGGAGAAAACUCCAGCUUUGUGCAGGAUUGGGGGCACAAGAAUACUUGUGUUUUCUCUCUCCACCUCUCCCUCCUCUGUCUUGGGCUUUGCCUCUUCCUUUUGAUUAAUUGGUCGGAAGCUGAGGGAACUAGAAGGUAAACACAAAGUGUUUUUUUGUUCUGUUUUUUUAGGAAUUGAGGUCAGGGCCUCAACUCCUCCCCUCCUAAUGUAAGGUUAGUGGCUCUUGCCUCUGUGGGAUGUUGGAUCCUCCCUGCCGCAGUUGCUCUCGUGAUGACUUAGGGUUUCCCAUCGACCUACAUCCCACAUUCAACCUGAUCAUGACAAAAAAACACCUUAGACCUUCGCGUUCCUAGCCCCUGCAGGUGUUUUAUAACUAGGGUUUUGACAAACACAUAUGUAGGUGCAUGUGCACGCACACAGGCCAGAUGCACACACACAGGCCUUCCUACUCUUCAGUACCCCUUUCACCUGACUCCUGUCUCUCAUCUUCAGGAGGUGAUAAAAUUGUCUCGAUCAUCAUCCACAGGGCCCACCUCCUGACAUUGUAGCCUCUUGGUGCCCAGGUGAAUUGGAGAACUGAGAGAGGGAUAAGCAGCAGGACUGGGGCCUUUCCCUGUGACAGGGCAUCAUUUAUCGGGGUGCAAAGACUGACCCCCUGACUUCUGACUGCCUUUGCCCAGGCUAUUGAUGAAUUGGGGUUGGGAAUCUGCACCUCUGAGGGUUAAAUGCUGUUGCUCCUGCCGGGCUUGCCCUCUCGGAAAAUGAUUUCACUUAUUUAUAGUAUUGUGCUUCCAGAAAUAGCGCGUGUGUGAGUGUGUCUGUGUGUGCGUGCGUGCGUGCGUGUGUGUGUGUGCGUGCCUGCCCACCCACACAUGCAUGUUCACAUUGUGUGUAUGUGGAAAUCUGGGCAAGUCAAAACUUAGAAGAGUUGCCUCCUGUCUCUUGAAUUUUCUAGAGAUAUCACUUAUUGUUACAGCUUUUGUGUCGACCCUCAUCAACCCCUACUUUUUCCUCUAGAGAGUCAAUAUCUGCAGUCGGCCUGCUGGUGACUCUAUUUCUGAUUUCUGUUCCCUCGUCUCUGUCUUCCAACCCCAAUCAUAUUUCCACCUUGGUGCAUUGUUUUCACUCCUGAGAAGCUGUCAAGAAGGAGUCCAGAUGCUGUCUUCCCAUGAAUAGUACUCAGUAACAAACCAAUUGCAUUUUAGUUGGGCGGUGCCCCAUCCACCCUCAGUCCCUUCCAGCUAAAACCUUCCCACCUCCUACCAUGUGUUUCUCAGUUUCUCUUUUUUGUUGGAUUGUUCCACUGCACCUCCUCCUCACCUAUCACCCUUGGAUCGUAAUGUAAAAUUCUUUUACCAUGUCAAAAAAUUAUUAAAAAUACAGGUACUUUGACCUCUUUCUAAAGCUGCA